GUAAUGGAUCCAAAGUUGAUUAAGCAGUGUAUAGAAGAAUGUGAGGCAAGAAUAGAAAUCGGACUUCACUAUAACAUCCCCUACCCAAGACCUAUCCAUCUGCCUCCUAUGGGUCUUGCCCACAAACAAGGCCGAACAUUGCGUCACCAGGAAAAGCUGAGGAAGAUUUCUAAGCCAAUAUACCUGAAAUCCCAUGAUGAAGUUUCAUAA